AUGGAAGCCAUGGACGUCAUGUACAAGCCCGUCAUGUUCCCCAACGGCGCCGCCCUCAAGAAGCAGGUGAAGCCGGCGGCCGUGGCGCCGGCCGGGGCCGGGGGCGAGCUGCUGUACCGGGAGUGCCUCAAGAACCACGCCGCGAGCCUGGGCGGGCACGCCGUGGACGGAUGCGGCGAGUUCAUGCCCUCGCCGGGGGCCAACCCGGCUGACCCGACGUCGCUCAAGUGCGCCGCGUGCGGGUGCCACCGCAACUUCCACCGCCGGACGCUGGAGGGUUCCCCGCCGCCGCCCACGCCUGCGCCUGCGCCGCUGGCGCUCCCGCCGCCGCCGAGCGUGCUGCACGGCCAGCCGCACCGCGGCGGGGAGGAGACGCCCGAGGACCGCUACCACCCGGGGGUCGUCGACGCCGACGACUCCGAUUCCGACUCGGAGGGCUCGGAGUACGACGAGGAGCGGUCGGUGUCCCCGCCCCCGCACGCGCCGCACCACGUGCCGGCGCCGGUGGCGCAGCAGCCCCCGCCCCCGCCGUCGUACUUCGCGACCGCGCCGCACAUGCUGCUCUCGCUUGGCUCUGGCGGCGCGCCAGGCGCCGCGGUAGCGGCCGCGGCGCAGAGGCUGCAGGCCCCAGCAGCCCAACAGCUGACGCCGUCGAGCGCGCCGCCAGGCCCCGGGGGCGGCGCGAUGCCUAUGCCCAGGAAGCGGUUCCGCACCAAGUUCACCGCCGAGCAGAAGCAGCGGAUGCAGGAGCUGUCGGAGCGGCUCGGGUGGCGGCUGCAGAAGCGCGACGAGGCCAUCGUCGACGAGUGGUGCCGCGACAUCGGCGUCGGCAAGGGCGUCUUCAAGGUCUGGAUGCACAACAACAAGCACAACUUCUUGGGCGGACACAGCGCCCGCCGCAGCGCCUCCGCCUCCGCGGGCGCCGCGCCGCUCCAAACCCAAGGCAGCGCUGCUGCACCGUCGUUAUUCAACCCGUCCAGGAUCACCCCUCCCCCUCCCGUCCUCACCUCGUCCCCGACCGGCGCCACCAGCGGCUUCAACAUCAACGGCGCCGCCGCCCCGGCGCCCACCGUCACCGCCGACCACACGGACAACGCCAAUGGAGCUUCGUCGCCGCAGUCCGCUUAA